UUUCCUUCUAUGAGAAAUGUGUGGUUUCAGGUCUUUAAAAUGUUAUGCCGGGCUGCGACCCUGACUAGUUUCAACCUCUGUGCAUGAAGAAAUGAAUGGUUAUGAUAGGAACAUGUUCUGGCAGGGCCACAGACCACAAUCAACAUCUAAGAUCUUCCUCUCCCUUGUCCUGUUAACUGUCAUUGAGUUAGUAAACACAACUGUUCCAUGCAGCCAGAGCUGUACUAAAACUAUUCACAAAGGUGUGAAGCUCAGCAAGUUUAUGAAGAGGAAUACUGCAGAACUUUUAAAGAGAUAUCAAGCCAGUGAGGGAGACUUUGCAAAGCAGUUUUGCAAAAUGCAGAUGGACAACGUUCCAGCAUCAAGCCUUUCAGGACAAACUUCAUCUGACCGCAUGUUCAACAUUUACACACGUCUGAAAGAGUUCCAGCCUCACAUAAAGAAAGUUCUGAAGCAACAGACAGUCUUGUUGCCUCUUCAGAGCCCUUUGCUUAAUAGCCUAGAUGAGACUUUGCAACGAACUGGCCACCUUGCGCAGGGAAUUAACUGUAUUCUUCAGAUCUUACAGCCCAAUAUACCCAUAUUUGAGCCAGCAACCAGUCCUACCAGAAUUCCCCUGCCUCAAAAUGUGUUUCAGCAAAAGGUCUACGGGUGUGUCGUCCUGACUCGGCUAAAUGAGUUCCUCUCGAGAGUCGUUGAUGAACUGAGGUCAUUGAAGGGUAGCAUGUGUGUAAAAAAAAAAAAAAGGAACUAUGCUGAUGUCAUAGAACUUGUCAACAAUGAUUUCAAAUGCUUUGCCUUUUUGGUUUGAUAGGUAUAUUUAUUAAUUAUUUAUUUUUCACAACUAGCAAUGAAAAAUGGUGACAUACAUUUGAUAGUUUCAUUUGCAGUUGUAUUUAUUCCAUUAAUUUAUUGCUAUGUCAUAACUGAUGAAUGUAUUACUUUUAUGAACAAAUGUUCCUAAAAAAACUGCAAGUUAUAUAUGUUAAUUUAGCAACAUUCCAUUCUUUUGGUAGUGAAAGAUUGAAAGAUAUUCUUAUCCAUGGGUGACUGAAUCUGAGAGUUUACUUCAACAAGUGAUCACUUAAUGUUCUUAACAAGUAUUUGAUGUCAUCUAGCCUGAUAUAAGUUAGCUAUAUCACACUGUAUGUGUUAUUCCUCUUUAGAUAGAUAGAUCAGACUCAGCACUGCACUUAGACCCAGAUUUGGAUAUCUUGCCACUGAGGGUCAUAGAAAUAUUAGAAUAUAUAUAUAUAUAUAUAUAUAUAUUGUCUUAGAUGAUGAUGUGUGACUGCCCAGAUUCACAAAGAUUGUGAUGUGAGCUUUUAGCCAUAUUGGCUUUUGUGGUAUAUGCUUGCCUGGCUUGAAUAAGUGGUCUGGUUGAAAUGACUGGUGUAUGGAGCUAGUGCAUUCAGGCUGUUGUCUGAGACUUGUGUUGAAACAGGUUUAGUAGACAGGAAGUGAAAGAGACUGUGAUAUCAGCCCUUAAUGACGCAUUCAGCUAAACACAUCAGAUAGGAAAGAAAAAACACUGACUAGCCGUCGCCUCUGUCACAAGAUGGGUGUCUGAGUGUUUGUGUUGUCUGUGUGUGUGUUUAAGGCACUGAUUUCUAGGCUAGGUCAAGAAGACAUACUUAUUCUUGUGAAAUGUUUUGCUCAGUUUUGAUACUAAAAUGGCCUACUGUAUGAAGAAUUUACAAAUCAUUUAUAUUUCAAAUUGGUAUCCAAUUAUUGCAUAUACUGACUUCUAUAAAUACAAUAGUUAAUAAAAAACA